AUGGCAGAUGCUACCAUCAAUAAAGAGCUUCUUCAGGCAAUUUUGACGAUGACUACUGAACUCAAGGCACUCAAAGUAGAGAGACAAGGGCAUCAGGGCUCCAACGAAAUCACCAUCGAUAUCUUGGCAAGGUCAAUUACCCCAUUUACCCACAAUCCGGACAGCGAAUUGACUUUCGAGUCAUGGUACAAUCGCUAUCGGGACACAUUUCUGGAAGAUGGAAAGGGAUUGAGCGAGUCAGCUAGAGUCCGUUUGUUGCUCAGGCGUCUCGACGCUUCAGCAUAUGAGAAAUAUGCCAGCAAUGUCUUGCCCAAAAACCCAGCUGAAAUUUCUUUUGACGAUACUGUGAAGUAUUUGACAAAAUUCUUCGGCCGUGGUGAGUCACUCUUUUGCCAGCGAAGGAAAUGUCUUCAAAUUGUGAAAAAUGACCUGGACGAUUACACUACACAUGCUGGAAUUGUCAACCGACACUGUGAGAAUUUUCUGUUGAGCUCCUGCUCUCCAGAUCAUUUCAAAGCCUUAAUCUUCGUGCUCAGCCUACAGAGCGAGAAAGAUGUUUACAUUCGUGAGCAGCUUCUGAGCAAACUCGAGACAGAACCCUCUGAGAAGAUCAAUCUCGAAUUUCUCACUGAUGAGGCGCGACGCCUGGCCAAUGUGAAGGUAGACUCACGCCAAGGAGUUACACAGGAGGUGAAAUUCGUCAAGAAGGAGCCCCCCAAAUCCAAAGGAAAGACGUCUGCUAACUCUGGUCAAAAAGGAAAGCCGCCUCGCCCGUGUUUUCUAUGUGGAGAAAUGCACUACUCACGUGAUUGCCCCCACAAAAACACAGUUUGUUCUGAGUGUAAUGAAGUCGGACAUAAGACCUCUUAUUGUCCACCAAAAAGGCCCACAGAGACGUCAAAGAAGAACAACACGAGCUAUAAGACCCAGAAAAAGAAGACUGGAAACGCAAACGCCAUCUUCUCUGUCAAUUCUGUUUCUGACCAGAUCAUGAGCAGGAAAUUUGUCACCCCUCGUGUCAAUGGAAUCCCAAUUGAGCUUCAGUACGACACUGCUGCUGACGUCACGAUCAUCACCAUUGAUACCUGA